CAACCACACAGCAAGCAGCCCAAGUACGAGUGUGGCUAGGGGAACCCACGGCACAUGCAUCGGGGGACACGUCCAUGCAUUAUCUAUGAACUUCAAUGAUGGCCUCCCCGAAUUCCCUCUCCACCGCACAUGCGAGUGGUCUCUAUCAACACCCAUCCUCUCGACAAAUGUCUCGCGCCUCCAUCUCUCGCUCUGGCUCCAGGCGCACCUCCCCAAGUACUCAGAAUGCUAUUGUCUCUCGAAGUAGCGCUGCAUUGAUCUCGAGGCAGUAUUCAACCGGCGACAGCUCCGACGAAGAAGUUCCCGAACCCAAAUUCAGUGCGUCUGUCAAAGCUCUCCUCGACGAGGACGACGUGGGUUCUUCCCCCCAUCUCCGCAAUAAAAACCUUGAGCAUUAUCGCCAAAGUGAUCGUGUAGGCUCUGCCGCGUCAAGUCAUGACAGGCGGUCUCGGACCAACUCCCCCCUCGAUCAAUCAAACGGAAGCCCGGCUCCGCGAGUGGUUCGCAUAGGAUCGAAUGUAGGGAGUGGCUCGAGGACAAAACGGGAGAGUUCAAUUCUAGCAAGCAGGGAACAGGCGGAGCCAGAAGCAAAGAAUUACUCGAACGAUUUCAUUACACCCGCGCCUAGGACACGUAGCGUCCGCAUUAAUGCGUCGCGUAGUCACACGCGAUCUCCAGCUUCCAUAUCACCGUCCGAGAAGCGGUCAGUCAGCCGAAGUCCUGUGGACGCGCAAGGAAGUGCAGAGCGCUCCGGGGAUGAGAGAAAAUCAAAAUACGAUGAGGACUAUGCCCCACGAAUCGGAACAUCUUCUGUGCUUAGAACGCGGAAUCUAGAAGAUAUUGGUGUCCAAAGCUCGUUGCGUGUGAAACGGGUCGGCAGGUUAACAGGGUCUUUCCUAAACGGACCUGCGAGGCGCGGUGUACUACGACGCCAAAGUGAGGAGAACAAUGAACCUCCGGACUAUCUCUCGGAUGCCGCCAAAGACGCUGAGCUAGGCUUAAACGAAGAGAAUAUUGACUAUCGCUACAAAAGCUCUACCAAAUCAUCGUCUCCUAAAGUAUCGUGGGCAGAUCCAAACCCGCCGCAGAGGAGUCACGAAUAUCGAUCGGAAGAUCUUGGUAUUUCGUCCGGCGACGGUCCUUUUUCAAGAUCCUCUUCUCCUAAAACAUAUGCAUCACACUCCAAAUCCACCCCGGGUUCUUCUUCAGACGCAUCUUCAAAGCCCUUGAGCGCAAAAGAACAGCCGGUUUUCAAAGUUCCUCCACCCCCAACACUCCCAUCUACCCGUGAUCAGGAGAACGAGCCACCGCCGACUUUCAAACGCGUCAAGUCGCAAGGGUUCAACUUGCUGGAUAAACCGGAGAAGCUUUCAGUCAUUUACGGAGAUGAAAAGAAAGAAAGCCAGGAGACACCGGCAGAUAACUCUCCCAGGAAAAUUUUGUCUACGCGAAGUAGUAAUACCCCCCACCGACCUGCUCCUCCUCCUCCGAAGAUGUCCGUUCUAGAAACUGCCACCGCAUCUCAUUCGCGCAAGAAACGUAGUCAAGUCUCCGUCAACCACAAACCAUUCACACGUUUGGAUUGCAUUGGCCGUGGAGGUAGUUCAAGAGUUUACCGCGUUAUGGCUGAAAACUAUAAGAUUUUCGCAUUAAAGCGAGUGAAUCUUGAAGAUGUUGAUCCAGUCACCCUGACAGGAUACAAGGGAGAAAUUGAUCUCCUGAAGAAGCUGGAAAAUAUCGACCGAGUUGUGCGUCUAUUCGACUGGGAGUUGAACAUGGACAAACACACUCUCAGCGUGCUCAUGGAGAUUGGAGAAUCUGAUCUUGAAAAGAUCCUCACCUAUCGCUUAAACGCUGAGGAUGCUGUUUUCGACAUCAAUUUCACCCGAUACUACUGGAAAGAAAUGCUAGAGUGUGUCCAGGCUGUUCACAAUCACAAUAUCGUCCACUCCGACCUGAAACCUGCCAACUUCUUACUUGUCCAAGGCAGGCUAAAGUUAAUUGACUUCGGUAUCGCCAAUGCCAUUCAAGACAACACAGUUAAUGUUCACCGUGAGCAACAGGUUGGAACGCCAAACUACAUGUCCCCAGAAGCUCUGAUUGACUCGAAUGCGUCUCUCGGGCUGCCAGCAAGCGUUGGCAAAAUGAUGAAACUUGGCAAACCCAGCGAUGUUUGGAGCUUGGGCUGUAUUCUUUACAAGAUGGUUUACGGUCAGCCACCUUUUGCAAAAAUUGCUAAGUACUACGAGCGUAUCAUGGCUAUUCCAAAUCCCAAUGUCAAGAUUGAUUUCCCAGCCUUCGGGGUGGGAGGAGUUCCUGUCCCUCCGGGGUUAAUCCGCACGUUAAAACAGUGCCUCCAACGGGAUCAGACUCUGAGGCCAACCGUGAGCGACCUUUUGGGCCAAAGAGAUCCGUUCCUGUAUCCUGAUGCACAGCUAGAAGGCGCCGUCCCCAUCACCCAGGACGUAUUAGGCAGGAUCUUGGUGAAUGUCGUCAACCACUGCCGAGUCCGGGGGGUUCCCAAUGACGAAGAGCUAGCCGCCUGGCCGGCUGGCUUCUUCGCGAAAAUAAAAUCGGCAUUAGAGGAAAAUGCUUGAUGAUACUCGACUUCUAAUCCAUUUCCUUUGUCCUUAGUUUUCUUGAUAUUUUCGAUGAUCCCAUGAUCCGACGCUUUGCACCAAUACCUCCCACCCGGUUUUCUUUUGUCUGGUACAUUUGCUUCGGUUGCCUUCUUGGAUUUAUCAAUCUUUCUUAUUCUUUUUGGGUAUAUUAGGGCCCGGUGUUUAUGGGCGCUUUGGGACAUUGCAUCCAGCUAAUAGCAAGCUGCGGAGUCCAGCAUGGAGUUUGAGUAUCCUUGGAUGACAUUAAUUGAUGACUGUUAUACCUGCUUGUCUUUCACUUUUCUAUGUAUAUAUUUAUUCUACCAAUUGAUGAC